UAAAACUGGUCUGGGUGGAAUAUUAGCGUCAGUAUCAGACGGUCGUUUGUCCAGACAUGACGUGUUUACCCAAGUUAUCAGUUUUGCUCUUGUUCGCGAUAUGUGGCGGUCAAGUGAACAGUCAAAAGGACCCGACUCCGAAAGUAGAGGCCCUGUAUCCUAAAGGUUUUAGAGUCACCUUAGAUGACGACAACUACCAGUUCUUCGGAUUUCGUGGAAAUAUCAACAAACCAUUCGACGAUGGGAUCAACGAGGGAGAAAUUAAAAAGGACAUUGUUAACAAAAGUCGCGGCAAGUGGAUAUACACGAACCGGGAUGUGGCCUUGAAGAUCGGAGACACUAUAUAUUACUGGAUCUUUAUAAGGCAGAAUGGACAGGGUCGCAUGAUCACUGAACUGGAACACACGGUCACAGAAUUUGUGAACCCUGAUGGCACGCCUGUAAAACCUUCAGGUGGUGGGCAGCCUGCAACACAGGCACCAAACUCAAACACAGCGUGGGUCUGGGGUCCCACUGGAAAUGGCAAUCUACCCUCGAAUAGAUUCGACCCCCCUGGACCCGACUGUAAAAUUUCCAAGACCAUGGUCGUAGGCCUAGGGAAUAUAUGCGCAGAAACCUUGAUAUUCAAUGAGGAAUUUACUAAAACGAAGCUAGGGGAGUUAAUGCAGUGGGAAUCGUUAAUCCAGUUUCCAGAUGAACCGGACUAUCCAUUCAACUUGUACAGACCCGAGAACACCAUCACCUUGGAAGAUGGUUCUCUGGUCAUCACUCCAGUCCUGACUGAGUCAGACACCCAAUCCCUUUAUGCGGUUAUGGAUUUAUCUACCAGUUGCACAGGUAAAAUUAAUUCACCUGAAUGCCGGAGGGAGGGUGUCGGAGCUCAAAUCCUUCCACCUGUGACCACGGGCAAGAUAUCCACUCGACACACCUUCAGCUUCAAGUACGGGAGGGUCGAAGUACGGGCUAAGCUACCUUCUGGUAGCUGGAUCGUACCUGAGAUCAAUCUGGAACCAACAGAAAGCUCCUACGGUUCAACCAAAUACGCAUCAGGUCUGAUGCGAGUGGCCUUCGUUCGAGGUAACCUUGGUCUGGCGAAGAAGUUGUAUGGAGGACCAGUGCUCACUGACUCCGGGCCUUUCAGGACUGCCCUGCUGAAGGAGAAGAUCGGCAUCGACAACUGGCAUAAGGACUUCCAUAACUAUACCAUGGUUUGGAGACCAGAUAGCAUGGAAUUGCUGGUGGAUGGAGAGACGUAUGGCACUAUCAGCCCCGGCGGGGGUUUCUCCGAGGAAGCUCGCAAGAACAGUGUCCCCCAUGCGUCAGUUUGGCAGAGAGGAACUGUCAUGGCACCCUUGGAUCAGAUGUUCCAUCUAACCCUCGGUCUUCGCGUGGGAGGAGUCUACGACUUUGAUGAUGGCUUGGAAGGCAAACCAUGGAGGAACACCGCUAGCAAGGCCAUGCUUAACUUCUGGAAAGCAAAAGACACGUGGUUCCCGACGUGGUACAACGGAGCUAUGAAGAUCGAUUACGUUAGGGUGUACGCUCUUUAAAUGUGGUCGCAAACGGCUGGAACUAUAAAAAUGUAAUUUUUUUUUCACCAAUACCUUUGUGGUUUGAACUUUGUCUUCUUUCCCCAUAAUACCUACAUGUAAAAUGGCCCUUAUUUUGUUUAUUACUGACGUAAUUUUCCCGCCGUUGUCAUUUUUUACGUAGCCCCUGUAUCUAUUAUGAAAACCUGGACUUCACCAAUGGGGAAUACUUCUCAUGGCUCUGCCGAGAUGGCGCCACUAUCACUAGGACAAACCGCCAUUGCAAUUUGUUAUUAUGUACUAAUAAAUUAUCUACAAUAGUGAUGUCAUAUUGUGUUAAUGUGAUAAUACUCCAUUAUUCCUAAUUUGUACUUUAA